CCCAUCAGCUUUCCUUCGGUGGUAUAUUCACGAAAAUGCUGCUCAACCACAUGGAACCAUUUUGGACGAAUACCAGCCAGUAAAGCAGACAGUUUUCAUGCAUGGAUAACGUACACGCGGUCUAUUGGGAGAAGCCAUGAAUAUCACCCUCCAUUAGUCCUUGUCUUCGCUGACUAUAAAAAGGCAUUCGAUUCUGUGAAGGUCAACGCUGUUCCAAAUGCCCUCAUUCAAGCCGGAGCUCCCCCUGCCCAACUGCUCGAACAAUGCUUUCGAAACUAUUCAGUUAUAUUCACGGCUGCAUUACAGAAUCCGAUGUCAAACCUUAAUUGGGAAGACAAAGGAUACAUCAAUAAGAAGUAUGAAUACCCUCCGCCUCGUGGAAAUGUCAACGAACUCAAUGUGGAAGGCUUGAAGAUCGGCUUGGAAAUGAGCAUGUCGAAAACGCAAAUGGUGAACCAGUGGUGUGAUACAGGUACAAUAAAACUAGCGGGAAAAGCUCUAGAG